AUGUCGGAUGUUAAAAUAAUAAAACCAAUCGCAAAAUAUGCUAAUGUUACUGGCAAUUUUCCAUUAAAUACAGCAAUUAAGCCUUUGGCAGUCGCUGGUACGACAUUAAAAGAAGGUUCAGUAGUGUAUCUUCUUCAUCAAUUACCUUAUAAUUUUCUUCUAACGGAUUUCUAUGACCAUAAUCUGCAUUACAAUAAAAUACCGAUUCAUGGUUGGAGUCAACAUUUGAUUGGACCGGGAUUGUUCCAAGAGUGGAUUUUAGCUAUUAAGAGUGCUCGUACACCAGACGAGCAAAAUGUGGAAUUAUUUCAAUCAACUGAAACAAACCUCUUCGGUUUUCGUACUACACGUUUAGUUGUUCCAGAUGAACCUCUUCUAGCUUGGUUCAGUCUUCCGCAACUUCGCACAAUAUGCGAGAAAAUCAAAUUAACCAAAGUUUUCAAAGUUGAAGAACUACUCAAAUCAACACGAUGUCCUCGAUGUAAAGUCGAACAAAAUUAUCUCAAUGUUCUUGUUGCGCACGUUCUUCUCGAUCAAUGCCAUGAUCCAAUACCAUCGCUAAAUUUAAGUUUAAAUGAACGAAUCUUCGUUCAUACAUCUCCAUCAAAGAAACGACUGAUGGACUUUUCAUCGAUCAAACGAUCUUCUUCGCCUUCUCCUCGUUCGAAUUCAACAAAUCCAAAAAACGAGGAUGUGAAAGAAAAAGAUCACCAUCAACAACAACAACAGCAGCAGCCAACACAGCAAUCAUUACCAUCGAUCGGAUUCUCAACAAACGAUGUUUCAUCUUAUAAAAUGAGUGUUCUCGAUGGCACACAUGCAUUAGAGUUUACUUCCUUAGACAACGAUGGAAGACAACGUAAAGCACAUCUAUGUCUUUUCUGUGGCAAGGUUUAUAAUCGUAAAUAUGGUUUGAAAAUUCACCUACGUACUCAUACAGGAUAUAAACCAUUACAAUGUCGAGUUUGUUUUCGACCGUUUAGUGAUCCAUCCAAUCUGAACAAGCAUAUACGUCUUCAUUCAACAACAACAACAGCAGCAGCAGCUUCAUCAUCAUCUUCAUCAAUAACGCCAACGAACACUUUGUCAUCAUCAUCAUUCGUUGCACAUAAACGACCUUAUGAAGAGCACGAGGAAUCGAAUAUUGACAGUGACAAUUCAAAUUUACAUACAUUGGACGAUGACGACGAUGAUGAGGAAAAUUAA